GCAAAAUUUGUGACUGUUGCCGUGACUUUUUUUUUCCUGUGACUUUUUUUCGCUCAAGGGUGUCUAAAUCGGACUUUUUUACGUUCUAAAUAGGCUACAUACACUAUAUUUCACUAUAUAAUAAAAUAAUAAUAUAUCUGGAUGGCCUACUACUAUACUAUGCUUGGUCAAUUCAAGUUUAAAUAUCAAAGACAAAGUCAAGUCAAAGCCAAAACUCAUUUAUUUUAGAAAAAAAUAAUUAAUUAUUAAUUACUGUUAGAGUUGCUUCUAUUGAAAACAAAUACAUGGGGCUCGACAAUUUAACAUUUUUACUUUGAAUUAAAUUUGUUCAGGUUUGGGAGGGGCAGAUAAAGAUAUUUAUUUGUUUUGUCUACUGUUUCAUCCAAGUUUUUUUUCAGCUGUUAGUACUAGCAUCGGAAUGCUUCGCUCGCGAGAUUUGCAUCACGCAUAGAGAGACCAAAAUGGCCGAACCCUACGACGACGAACCUAUUUCCGACCAAGACAAGGUAUGUCCGUUGCAUUUUCAUAUGUUUUUACGUGUGAAAAAUUGUUUGACUCUAAAACAUGCAUGUUAUUAUGAAAUUGAAAUAUGCCAAAUACCAAUUAGAGCUUUGGUUUUUGCAAUAUGACUCUUGCCUUGUACCAGGAAGGGGAGUGGCUGUGUUAUCAUCGGUCGGCAGUUGAAAAAAAAAAGUUAUUAUUUUAAGGUUCCAGCUUCCGCAUUAAAUAUUAGUUUUUCCUUAAUGAAAUGAAAGCAAUUUUUGUAGAACAGUCCUGUGAUUAAUUCACUUUUUAAAAUAAUCAUUUUAUGGUUUAAGUCAAAUAUUUUGUUAGUGAUAGUGAUGAUUAGACUAGUCUUCUUCCCGGUGUUAGUUAUUUAUAAAUUUCUAAGUAUUGACUUCACAGUGACAGUAUUGUUAUUGUCAAUUAUUGUAAUCAGUUAAUCAGAAAUUUUGAGAAAUCAUUUCUCAGAAAUGUAGCCCUCUAGGCCCUCUUGACUUUAAAUUGCAUUUGCUAUGUUAAUGUAAAUUAGUUACAUAUUGUCACCAGUAACUGACACUUCUGUCCACGAAUGCUGAAUAGACUGGGUUUCAUUUUAAUUUUAAUCAUUAAUUUUAAUCAGUAAUUAGGCCUUAAACUUUAACAAAUUGUAAAUAAAUUGGCUUGAAUCAGGCUAUGUCAUAGCCUGAUUAAAAGUAAUAUUAAAUAGGCCUACUAUAUUUAAUAAUAAUAUAAUAAAUAUCAUUCAAAAUCAUUGAUUAUUUAACAAUAGGCUAUAUUUAUAUUAUAAUUAUAUCUUCUUUUUAAUUAAUAAGGCCUGUCACUGCCUAUUAGCCUUCAGCUUGUAGUUAAUUUUUACUAAAGUUAAUGGUUAGGCGUAGACUUUCACCUUAGUCCUAAUGCUAAUAAUAAUCUUAUGGAGCUAUGCAAAUAAUAAAUUAAAAUAUUUUGGCACUAUGUCCGGCUAUGUACAAUGACAAAUGUCUUGGUCCUUUUUAUGGAAACCAAGUGGUCUGUGACCCCCUUAUUAUAGUCCAUUAUUGAAGCAAAAUAACCUUGAUCUGAUGGGACCCUGAAGACAUAUAAAGAAAAAUUAAUACAAAAGAGAAAACACAUGAUAAAAUAUAUGCUGUAUUUGAAAGCAUAUUCAAACUUUACCAUUUUUAUUUCAUAUCAUACCAAUUAAUUAUUAUUUUUAAAAUCAUUUUAUGUUUAGUUUGAAAUCACUGUUUUAUUCUCCAAACCCACAAAAAAACAUUUUAUUGUUAUAAACAGAAACCAUCAUAACUAAUUAAAACUAUUGUGUGGCAUGGUCAUAUUUUUAUGCUUCCUUUACUCGGCUAAACACACUAUUGGUAUUAGGGUAUAAAAACAUUUAAAUAUUUGUUUAUAACUUUAUUACAUUACACUAAAUUGCACAAAAACUAAAUAAUUUCUAAUCAAUGAAAGUUUCCCCGGACACAUUGCAUAACAUAUGUGCCUUUAUCUCUAAUAGAGUAUGUGCCUCUAUGCCCAAAAAGUCAACAUUACCAUAUGUCAAUUUCUAUUAAAAAAAUCUCAAGUCCUGUUAAUUAAGCUGUUAAAUAAAUUAAUGAAAGGAGCUUUUAUUCUAAAACAAAGGCCAUGAUUUGUGUAUUAAUAAAAAAAAAUUUUGUUGGUGGGUUUAAAUGAGAUUAAGUUGAAAUUCAUAGAUUGUUUUAAAAUAAAUGUUUUUUUUUUGUUGUAUUUUAGAUGUGGUGAAUCUAAAAUGGAAACUUACACCACACCCUUCAUAACUUUGAUUGUAUCUAGGAACUUGCAUGAAUAAAUAUAGUAAUAUCUGGAAAUAAAACUAUUGUGGCUUAAGUUGUUCAGUGUCACAAGUUCUAUUGAAUUUAUUAAAAUGAUCUUAUUGGUUUUUUUGGGGUGUUUUUUUGCAGGUGAGGAUCGCCUCAAAUUUUAUCCUUCAUGCUCCUCCAGGAGAAUUCAAUGAAGUUUUCAAUGGUAAGUUUCAGUCAUAAUUAUUUCUAUGAUUGUUCUUUUUACUCAGUACAAAUGAAAAUGGGGAAUUUAGCAACUUCUUUGGUUUAAUAAAAAAAUAGAAACAUGACAUUUGCCUUACCCUCUACCCUAGAAUCAAAAGUUGUGGGUGCAUUUUUUAAAAAUUUAACUAAGUGGUUCAGCUGUCUCACUUGUAGCACACUGAUUAACAAAGUAAUCAAAACCAUAUUAACAAAGUUAACAUUAUAAAAUACAAAUGGUUAAUCUUGGAUUUUAAUUGAGACGACAACAUUUCUUUUCUUAUUAAGAUGUGAGAAUUCUGGUGAAUGAAGACAAUCUUUUAAAAGAAGGAGCCUCUGGGUAAGCUUUUGUGUAUGGUCAGUUUAAAUCUCUUUGCUUGUUUUCAGUGUGAAAAUUUCAGUUCUAUGUCUCUUUUAGAACUAUUAAAAACUAAUGACCAACAUUAAAAACUAAUGACCAACAUUAAAAACUAAUGACCAACAUUAAAAACUAAUGACCAACAUAACUAAGACUUUAUUAUGUUUUUUAAAAACACAAAGAUUAAAAUAGCGACUUUACUAAGUAUUUCAUAUAUGAUUAGACUAAAAUUUUCAUGUUAACACUGUUCUUUUUCAGAGCUUUUGCACAAUAUAAUAAGGAUCAGUUCACACCAUGUAAAAUAGAAGGUUCAGAAUAUCAGGUACAUUCAUUUUAUCUGCUCUUAUCUUAUUUAGCUUGGUCUGAGAAAUGUUAUUUUCACAAAAUGAAUUACCAUUUCACUCUAAUUUUUAUUGAACAUCAGAUAAGGCAAAUGCUAAUUAUUAGAUAAUCUUUCUUCUCACAAAUGAGAUAGUUUCCCUUUAUCCUAAUGACCUGAAAUUCUUUAUUUUAAUUUUAACAAACUGUUUACCCAAAUGUUUUCUUUCAAAAUUGGAAUAUAUUAAGGGGAGAAAUAUCACCUUUGAGAUAUAAAGCCUUUAUUUUGUAUUGUUUGCUUUCGAUCCUUAUUUUUAUUGCUCUUAUAAAUGAAGAUAAAACUUCACCAAUGGUGGCACAAAAUUUAUUGGAUAAAUGAUUUUUAGUAAACUACUCCCUUUUCAUGACUGAAAUCUGCUUCAAAUGUAAGUAAAUCAAAAAUACAAAUGCUUCUUGACUACACACAUUAACUCAUUCCCUCCGGCAGCGCUGCUUCCGGACUUAUUUUAUUUUCCUGAGAAAAGGGAAGCAACUCAGUUUUGAAAUUGAUUUAUAUUUUUAAAAUAUUUUUUAAAGUUGCUAAAUAUUAUUUAAUGUUAAUGAAUUAAGAACAAAUGCAACAAAAAAUGAAUAAGGUUUAAUAUAACUAUAACAUUAGAGGGGGAAAAAUAACGAACAAUGGCCAAAAAAAUCGAUUUUCGGCACCUCGGACGAACACGUGGUACAUACAGACGCGCCGUACUAAAGCACACGUAAUUUUAAAGUGAAACAAGAUAAAAACUUCCGGUUUCUAAAUUAAAAUCACGCAGAAAUCACGCCACAGCCGGAAGUCUCGAGGGGUGCGAGAUUUCAUUGCUAUUUGUAACUAAAAAUAAGAGAGGUGUGUCGCUAUGCGCCGGGACGCAUUUGGACGCAUCAGUAGGAACCCCCCGAGGACACAUUUAGUCGCAACCGUCGGGAAUGAGUUAAGCCAAUUCUUGAAGGAUUUAUGUCUCAAGUUUAUACCGAGUCGUGUGAUGAAUUUUUAAAGUUGAUGCAAGACAUGAAAGAUACUCUUCCUGAUGUAGCUUUGGAGUAUUUUGAGUCGAACUGGUGGAGUAAGGCCCAUUUAUGGGCAGCAUCAUCCAAUGCUGAUGUUUUAAGACUCCAUGCGACAACAACAAAUCACUUGGAGUCUUAUCAUGCCAAAAUAAAAAAGAGUUUGACUCAUUAUCUUUCUUUUUCAUCUGCUCUUCGUAACCUUAUGUCUUUUGACAACUGCAAAAUUACAGUAUGUGAUCGUUUAAGAUUGCUUGCUGCAAACACAAAAUUGUGACCAAAAGUAAAAGGAAAAAAAAAAAAAAAAAAAAAAAAAAAAAUUAGCAUGUGAAGAAAAUGUCUUAAAUAAAUUUAUAGACAGUGUAAUUAUGUGAACUAAGAAUACAAAUUAAAAAUCACAUUUUAUUAAGUGGCAUCACUGAGUUAAAAAAAGAAUUGUGUUAGGACUAUAAGAUGUUUGCAUCAGACUACAAUAUUUUGCCAUAAAAAAUUCUCUCUCCAUGUCUUAAUCCAUGUUCUAUGAUUUUUUUCAUUUUAACCAUUACAAAUUGCUUAUGUCAUUGGUAUCCAAGUACAAUAUAAAUAAAUGCUUGCAAUUGCUCCUAGAAACAGUUUGUAUAUUUCUUUCCAGGGUCACAAGCUGACUUUUAAAAUACAAGUUUUAAAUGUUAUACUUUCUGCUUUGUCUCUUAGGCGCUUAUAACAGAACAUGGAGAUCUAGGUAACAAUAGAUUUCUUGACCCACGCUCCAGACAAACGUUCCGAUAUGAUCAUCUGAGAAAAGAAGCUCAGGUAUUUGCUGUUUUUUUUAAAUUAUAAUUUUGCAUGCACAAUUUUAAAAACACAGUUUGGCUAUAGUUGUUGGGUAGAUACAGGCUAUGUAUGCUAACUCUCAGGGGACUGCUGCAUCAGAUCCCUUGGAUAAACCAUGUCGCUGUUGAUGUUAACCAAUUGAAAUUUAAAGCAUAAGAGAAAUUAUAAGUACCAAACUAUAUAAUGAAGAAUAGAAACCAAGAAAUAAUUCCAUUCAUAAAUAAUUUGUAACAGCAAGGAACAGGUAUGAAAUUAAAACAACAUUGCCUGUUGAAAGUAAAGGGUUAACUCUGUUUUAAAAAAAACAAAUGUUCUUACAAUUAUUACCCAUUCUUUAAUACAAUAACCUAUUCUUUACUAUGUUUUCUUUUAGGAUGUCCAACCUGCAGACAUUGACCAAAGGGCUGAAGCUUGGCGUUCUGCAAUAGAAUCUGCCUUGACUGCGUACAUUUCCGCACACUACAAAUAUGGUGUGACAACUGUCUAUGGCAGUAGUGGAGAUGGUAACAUUACCAUCAUCGCCUGCAUUGAGAGCCAUGCCUUUGAACCUAAGAAUUGGUGGUAAGAUUUACCCGAGAACAGCACUUUCUUUCUUGUUUAAUAGCGGGGGGGGGGGGGGGAGGAAUCAUGCGGUAAUAGGAGGAAUGAAGUAACAUUACCAUCAUCGCCUGCAUUGAGAGCCAUGCCUUUGAACCUAAGAAUUGGUGGUAAGAUUUACCCGAGAACAGCACUUUCUUUCUUGUUUAAUAGCGGGGGGGGGGGAGGGAGGAAUCAUGCGGUAAUAGGCGGAAUGAAUUUUGUUAUUAAAGUAUAUAUUUUGAUUACCAUCACCCAUUUUUUUAAAAAAAAUCUUUUUUUUUACAUUUUUUAUUUUUUAAACAUUUUUUUUGUAUAAUGUAUUUAAACUUCUGGCUAUAUGUUUAAGAUAAAUUUAAAGAGAUAGUUAUAAGAGUUAGAAGCUUUCUGAGGUUAUUGGUGAAUUUAACAGAUGUAUGGAGCUAUGCCCCUUUGCUUUGGUUUCCAUAACAAUAAAAAGAAGAUUGGCUGAUGUGGGUUAAUACAAUUAAGAUAAAUGUAUAAUAUUAUUGACCCACUUAAGAUGGCUGGAGAUCGGCCCAGGGUUGAAUGGCAAAAAAUUUAUUUCAAAACUUUUUUAAACAAAAUUCUGCUGUUAAGACAUGUUUAUUCUAAGUUUUUGAAAAAAUUAUGUGUGAAUUGUGCAAAACAGGAUAUCUCAUUUUCAUAAAUGUAGAGAUUUCAGUUUGAUCACAGAGAUGGUAUUAGUUCAUUCAAUUCCCAACAAGAAUAUAUAUAUGUUUUAUAGUUGUGAAGUUUUUAGUUUAUUUUUUUAUAAUUUUUUUUUUUUUUUGCAAUAUGAGUGCCGAGUCUUAAAAAAGGGCUCCAUCUUCUUGGAACAGACACUCCAAAAAGGCUCCAUUUCAAAAGGUUUAAUUUCUUAUUCUCUUGAAAAAGAAACUUUAAUGCUAACAAUAUAAUUCAGCAGUUAACAUACAAAAUCUUCAUACAGGAAUGGAAGAUGGAGAGGUCAAUGGUCUGUUACAUUUCCAGAGUCUGGUGGGUCAGCUGAAGUUAGUGGUUUGUUGAGAGUUCAGGUGAGGUCUAGUGAGCUUUAUUAUGUAUGGGGAUUUAAGUUUUUAAUAAAAAAUGUUUAUUUUAAAAAUAUUACAAAUUUAGUCUUACUUUACAUUAAAUGGUAAAGAAUAAAAAGUCAUGCAUAGAUUAUUUUUUUUUAAAAGUAGUUUUUCUUGUCAUUUUGACAGUUCAUUCCUAGUAUAAUUAACCAUGUAAUAUUAUAUAAAUUUAAGUUCUGUAGCACAGCAUAUACAAAUAGAUUAUAUUAUCACAAAUGUCUUAAACGACUAUACAGUCAAAAUGACUAGUUUGUCACAACAUUUAAGUUAGGUAUUGGAACUAUCACUCUGCUUUAAAUUGUCAGGCACAUUCUGGUUUCACUGUGUAAAGUUUGUUUCUGCAGGUUCACUACUAUGAAGAUGGAAAUGUGCAGUUAGUAAGUUCAAAGGACAUUAAACAAAAUAUAAAAGUACAAGUAAGUUUAAAGUCUAUUUCCUUUUUCAAAUCAUUUUAUUAUUGUAAAACUUUAUAAUCUAAGUUUAUUUUUUUAAUGUAAAUUAAUUUGAUUAUUAAAUUUGUAAGACAUACAUUUCAUUGAAUGUUUCAAUUAAUUUUAAAAAAAUGUAGAUCCUCAAAAUUAAAUAAUUUUACAGAUGAAUAAUACUGUUCCUGUCCCUUAUGUUCGGCUGUCACUAAUUUUAAAAUGCCCUGUAACAUAGCGUAACAAAGAGCGACCAAGAAUAAUAUAUUUGUCAGUUCAAGAAAAAUUGAUGAAUGUCAUUAGAAAACAUUACCCAAAAGAAAUUUUUUUACUGGCAAACUUAUUUCAUUUGAUUUGUUUUACUGUGCACUCACCAGUGUCAAAUGGAAAAUAGUAAUUAACAAUAAUUAUAUGUUAUAUCAUGUAGUUUAAAUGGCACCUUGUGCAUCUGAAGGGUACAAAAUCCUCAGAUGCCGAAUGGUGUUGUGUAUUGUAUUCAAGUAAUAUAUUUGAUUGAUCACCCUUUACCUCUUGGAUAUAUAUAUGUGUUUCAGAAUGAAGCAGAUACUGCCAAGAACUUCGUGCAUCUAGUAUCUGAUGCUGAAGGGGAAUACCAGCGCGCUCUUUCCGAGAAUUACCAGACCAUGUCUGACACCACGUUCAAGGCAUUGCGUCGUCAGCUGCCUGUGACAAGAUCCAGAAUAGAUUGGAACAAAAUUCUUGGCUACAAAAUUGGUGGGGAGAUGAAAAGUAAUAAGGGGGAACAGUAUGACUAGUGUAAAUCUUAUGUAAUUUAUGAAUUAACAUUUAAAAUUAUUGUAUGCUUUUCAGAUGAUUACCUUUUUUUUUUUUUCACCUUAAGAAGAAUAUGUUAAUUGAUUAUCAUUUAUUGCAAACUUGAUUUUUAGAGAUUUCCAUUGCAGAUAUGUUGGAACGUGUAUUUAUUAUUAUUUUUUUCUUAUCUUAAUAUGGUAUGAUUGAGGUCCUCAUAUGUUCCAUUUUUUAAAAAUUAUUUUUUAUGUUGUGCAGCGCCUGUAAUUUGUUUGAAAGAUGUUGUGCUUGUUCUUAAAAUAUAUAUAUUUUUGUAGGAUGAGUAAACCCUCAUUUCAACAGGCUGGCCAAGAACACAAGAGUCAAGUUUACUGAGGUUUCUCAUAUAUUAUUGUUUUCACUUUUGCGCAUGAUUAUGUUUUGCUAGUGAGCCUAACUUUCAGCUCAAAUUGCGGCUAUCACAAGCUUCAUCAACACAAUUCAUAACAGUUUGAUCCUCCGUCUUGUAAAAAGUUUAACGUAUGUUUCAUUCUUUAUUUUAUUUUAUUUUUGGUGGUAUCGACACAUAUUGUUUUUUAGGAAACUCCCUUGUUUGGUUUUACUGUGAAUUUAUGCUGUUGCGGAAUGCUUGCCUUAAGACUGUAGCCCAAGAGAAUAUAGACCUAAAACCACUAUAUGUUCUCUGGUCUUUUUUUUUUUUAGUCUUUAUAAAUUUAUUUGAUUACUGAAGUUGUCAUCUCUCAUCACAAGCUAAACUUUUAAGGAAGAUAUUAUUUUCUUGUCUUCAGUAGGAGUUUUAGAUUUCUAUUGAUAUUUUAUACAUAAGUAAUUAAAACAGUAGAUAGUACCAAACAAAUGUGGUGUAAUAUUGACAAUAAAUAACAAGGGGAUAUAUGGUUUUCAAGGAAUGUUCUGCUACUGGAUAUAUCUGUUAUACUUGAUGCUAACUAACCAAUAUUAUUCAGAAACUGUUGGUAGUCAGCUGUAACUGGGAGAUUUUAAAGGCAUCUGUUAAUUAAGAAUAAUUGAUGUAUUAGAAGAACAUGUUUUUGUAUAUGUAUAUCUCCCCAUUUUCUGCAUUUAAUAAAGGCUGUUUUUAUUAAUUUUUUUAAAAUAUUAUAUUUGUCAUACAUCAUGAAACCUGGAAUCCAUUUUUAAAAAAUUAUUGUAGUUAAUGAAAUAUGUAAUGUAAGUGUCAAAUCAUUUAUACCAUAAUCUAAAAGUAGCAGCUGUAAAUAAGAAAUCAACUUUGAAAUAGUAGCACAUCUGUUUGAAUUGAUUAUUAUUGAAUUGAUCUUCUCCAUUAUUAUAUUUCUUUAAAAAAAAUUGUUGAAUCAAUUUAUUAAUAGCAUAUUUACUGUUGGGUUUCAAAAAAAGAAAAAGUCUUGUCUGAAUUAAGUUAUACCUGACACCUAUGUUUAUGCUGAUAAGAGCUAUAAAUAUAUUCUUUCAAUUUGUUAAAAAGUUUUUUUUUAGGUUCAAGUUUCUUAACAUUCUGUUUGGUAUGAUUUAAUGUACAAAGGAUGGAAGUCGCUGUAAAUGGUUUUUUUUUAAUAGUGUUUGUUUUUUUAACCCUGGUGGAUAUUCAUUGAUAAAAUGGAUGAUGAAAUAAAUUGCUUUCUGUUCUUGUUUUUCCCCCUCAACACCCCAUCCCUCAUACAUUAGUUUGAUGGCACAACAUGACGUAAAGUUAUAGAUAAGAAUAAUAACUCACAGAUUCAAGCAAUUGUAGUAGAGUUGCAACAUUGUAUUUUGAUUACAGUUGGUAGAUUCUAAGUUAGUGUCAGGUAUUGGUAUCAGUUUUAUAAUUCAGCUUGUUUCAACAAAUCACUUGUGCGAUGGAAAUGGUAAACAGAUAUCUAUGGUUUAUAAGGGAUGUUCUGUAUUGUUAAGUCAAUUUUAACUUAGUAUUGUUUGUCUUUCCUGCUAAUUUUUAGUUAUAAGCGAAUUUAUAGAGAAGAAAGAAGUGUAGAGGUGAAACAAUACUGUGGAUAAAUGGAGUUCUGUGCUUAAGCACUUAAUAAAUGAUCAAAUGACAUCUCAUUCUUGGAUUCUCUGCUCUAUGAAUUUUUUUAAAUUUUCAUUUUGCCAAAUGGGAGAUGGUGGUUAAACCUUUAAACGUUUAUUUUAAUGAUACUCUAACUAUGAUUGCAUGCUUUUGUUAUUUGACAUUAAGAAUCUUUCUUUUAAACAAUUUCUUAAUGAAAAGUUGAUUGUUAGCGAAAUAACGGGACAUGGAUAGGUGUCUGUUUUGUGAGAUGGUAGCUAUCAUAUACUUAUAUUUUUAUUUUUAAAGAGCACACUAGGCAUUAGGUAAUCAUUUUAAUUUUUUCUGGGUGAAUAGGUUGUAAUGUUAUAAGUUUUCUUGAUUCCUUUAGAGAAGCAAUUGUGUGUCAUACGAUAGAUUAUUAGCCAGAGCUUUUGACAAGCAGCAAAGUCAUCACUAAAAUUGUUACUGUAAAUUCAUGUAAAUUGAUAUGAAAAAGUUAUCAUGCUUCUGUCGUUGCGUGUUAUGUUCUACAUUGACUAUUGCAUUAGUGCAUUCAGUUUCCAGUGAUCCUUGUUUUAAAUUAAGGCCGAAAAUUUACUGAUAUGAAAAAUUAUUAUUUUAUCAUUUGUAGAUUCUAGUGUGCUUUCUAGACCAUGAUACCAUUCCUGACAGUUGCAAGAUCAGCACAGACUUAACCAUGUUUCAAAAACUACUGCUGACUUUAUGCAGUGCUAUUUUUCAAAUGGAUGUUUCAUACUUUUCUUUUCUUUAAAUGCCAAUAUUAUAUUUACUGUAAGCUCUUUAUUGAAUGAACCUGCCACUCUUGAAAUGAUAGAAGCUCUCUAAGGACUAGGAUCAUACUUGAUCGCCUCAUACUCUGAUGGAAGCUCUGGGAUCAGACUUGAUUGCCUCAUGCCCUGUUCAAGCUAAAGCUGAUGUUUACUCGCACUUUCACUCACAAACAAUAUAUUAUUAUUGAUUAUAAUAAAAGCCAAUACUUAUAAUAAAAACCAUUUAUGAGCAUGAUUGAUAAACUGGAAUUACAAAAUUUGUCUUGUACUCAAUGAUUUUUUUUCUUCAAAAAAGCAAUUUGUUCUAACAUGGUUUCCAUAAGGAUGUAACAUUUUUAGUCUGUUGUUAGGGGUUUUAAGCUUUUGUAGAAAUUUAGGUUGUAUAUUCUAAUACAAUGAGUCUAAGUCAGGGGUUGGGAACCUAUGGCUUGCGAGCCAGAUGUGGCUCUAUUGAUGGCUGCAUCUGGCUCGCAGACUAAUGUUGGAUUAUAAAAAAAAAAAGUCGCAUUAAUGGUAAGAAAUACUCAUUAUUGAUUAGCAACAGCAUAACAAUGUUAUUAAAAAGAAUUCAGAGACAUAAUUAUUCCAUUUCUAGUGUUGAAAUUACACAAAACGCACACAUUUACUUGAAUUUUUAGUUAUAAACAUAAUAUAUGGCUCUCACAGAAUUACUUUUCAAAAUAUGUGAUGUUCAUGGCUCUCUCAGACAAAAUGGUUCCUGACCCUUGGUCUAAGUAAUACAAAGAUAAGAGACAGAAUUUAAGAAAAAAAAGAACAAUUUUUUUAUAUGACUGAAUUGCUCAUUGAUGCCCACAGAAGUUUUUUGUAAGGGGGAGCAAAGUGUUUUUUAAAUUGUUGGAACUUGUUUAGAAUUUACACAACAAAAGCAUUGGGAAUUAAUGUCAUACAACACUUAAAGCAACCAAUGACAAACCCAAAUCAAUUUAUUUUAUGUCAUGUAAAUAAAUUAUUAAAAGGAUGUGUUUUAAGAAAAACAUUUCUAUGCCUAUCUGCCGUAAGAGUGGAGUUGUUCCCCUUUG